UUUUUUAAGGAAACAUAAGAAUAGUUGGAAAAGGAAAUAACCGUCUAAAAUGCAACGAUCCCCAUCGUAGCGUGCAUCCUUUUUUUCUUCUUUCUAAGUUGACUUUAGAAAGCUCUCCGAUCACCGGAUAAAUGAUUCCGGUGACCGGUACGCAUUCAGAAGUCUUCUAGCUUCCGUUGAUUUACGCCUUCGAAUUUAUGGAUUCACAAGAACUCCCCGAUAAUGAUCCGAUUUUCAUUCCCACAGAGUGCAAGAUAGUCUCAAGCAGUGUGGAUAUUAGGUCGUCGAAGGUUUGUGAGCUUGGAUUAUUGAAUUAUAAAGCAAACCAUGUAUUUUAUCAUUCCAAAAACAGAAAAUUUAAAUGUCGAUAUGAUUACUACUGGAGUUCAGUGUUCAAGGUAGAGUACAGAGACCAUUCUUUAGGUCAGAUGCAAUUUGCCAUGGCAGAGGCACCGAAUGAAGCCCUUCCACUAAGUUGCAGGCCUAACUUUGGCUCUUCUUGGUUAACCAAAGAUAAGUUCAAGGUAAAUGAAACCUAUGACUGCUGGUACAUGUGGGGUAUUCCUACAGUACAGUUGUAUAAUGAUGGUUUUUUUUUAUAGGAAUAGGAUGCCUCGUUAAAAACCUCCCUCUUAUUGAUUCUCUGCCGUUAGGCAGGAACCCAUUAGCGGAAGGAGGAAAAGAGUGCAUCAAUUUAUUAAAGAUAAAUCAGUUUACAAAAGAUACAACACUGUUACAAAACAAAAGACUAAAAACUAAACACUCCUACAGAAAACAAAAGAUUUAAAACAGUCCUAAGCCAACUCCCCUGUAAUACAAACGAACCAACCAAAACAGCAACAACAAUCACCCAAUUCCCUCCUUAGCUAGCU